ACCAGAUUUACACCUUACAUCCACUACUACUUAUAGGCUAACCAUACAUAUUAUCAAGUCAUAUAAUGGGGGAAUCUAUUUUUAAAAAAUGAUAGAUAAUCGACACUCUUACUUUAAAGCUGACCGCCACAGGACAAGCGUAAAAUGUAUAGUGCUACAUUGUAUGUACAAUAUCAAUAAUCCGACCGGGCCUCUCGGACUCAUUCGACGCACUAGGCUGGAUAAGAAAUGCACUUGUUAUUUCCUACCAAACGAGAGGAGGAGUGGAUAAUCAAGUGAGGCCAUUCCUGAUGGAUCACCAAGGCGCUUAAGUGCCGGAGGAUCGAUGCGAUGGGCUAUAUGUACCGAAAAUAACCUUAUUUACCCCUGUAAACUACCUAGGUAACUAUAUAGUUCUCUAUCGAGUUGUUACUUGGUAGUAUUACACGCUGCCCGAGUCCUAGGAUGGAUAGGUAUGUUCGAAGGAGUUGCUGAUGUCCAGUAAAAGUGGCCACGAUGCCGAGUCGUCAGAGAUAGGGGGUUUGUGUCCCGGAGGAUGCCGUCCCCCCAUCUUGAGCUCUGACGCCUUCUCUUGGCACGAUUUCUUAGUAUGCUGUCGACUACGACCGGCUACGCUUGUCUGGGGGCCGCUGCCCUGGGAGCUUUCUCCCAUCUUGCUAUCUUUAUUCGCGGCGAAUGGCAUAUGCAAGCACCUACACUCUUUACAAUCUACUCUUUCCUCGCUUUCGUCGUCUUUUUCGUCGAGCAGCGACUCGGAGCGGACGUUAAUACCAGUUUCAAGAUUGCUUCUCUAAUAGUAAGCUCAUAUGCAACUGCGCUGUUCACUAGCAUCGUCAUAUAUCGAAAGUUCUUCCACAGACUACGACACUUCCCUGGACCCUGGCUAGCAGGAGCCACGAAGUUUUGGCACGUAUGGCAAUGCCGUACGGGGAAGAAUUUCCUCGUCAUUGAGGAGCUGCGCAAGAAGUAUGGCCCAGUUAUUCGGACUGGCCCAGAGGAGAUCACCUUCGUCGACGCUGCUGUUCCCCUGGCUGUUGAUGGACCCAGGAAUAAGUGUACCAAGGCUGUCUGGUACGACUUCUUGCUUCCUGAACUCGCAGUUAAUACAACUCGAAACAUAAAGGAACAUGAUGCUCGACGACGUGUCUGGGACCGAGGCUUCAGCAAUAAGGCUCUUGCCAUCUACGAAGAACGUGUCGUGGAAUAUGCAGAAACACUUGCAUCUCAGAUCGAGAAGCUUGCGAUGGAAGAUUCUCCCGUCAAUGUAUCGGACUGGUUUUACUGGUUUACAUUUGAUGUUAUGGGCGAAUUUGCCUUUGCACGAUCAUUCGGCAUGUUGAAAGAUAAGAAGUGGCACUUCGCAGUUCGCUUGCUGAGGAGAGCUAUGAGCUUGCUGGGGCCAUUUAGCCCGGUACCAUGGAUAGCUCAAAUCGCAUUCUACAUUACCCCCUGGAUGUAUAUCGUUCGGGAUUGGCUUAGUAUGAUGCAGUGGUGUAAGGACCGCAUGGGCGAACGGAUAGCAAGGAAAGUAGAGAGGCCCGAUGUCUCACACUGGCUAAUCGAGGCGUCUCUUGAAAAGGGCUCCUUGGAAGCUGACCGUGAGUGGCUGAAUGGCGAUGCCAUCACCAUCAUCAUUGCUGGAAGCGAUACUAUUGCCCCAACCCUCGUCUUUGCUUUCUACGAGCUCGCUCGCAGCCCUUGGCACCAAGACAUACUACUUUCCGAACUCAAGGAUGUAGAUAUUUACGACAAGUCACAGCUUCAGAACUGCGGCCACCUCAACGCCCUUAUUAACGAAACAUUGCGGCUAUACCCUCCCGUACCUACGGGCGGCUACCGCCAAUCACCCCCAACCGGAAUGACUAUUAACGACGUAUAUAUCCCGGGGAAUAUUACGAUUGUUGCGCCCAGAUACUCUCUCGCGCGUCUUGACUCCUCAUACGAAGAACCCGAUCAGUUCAUCCCCGAGCGCUGGACUACACGACCAGAAAUGGUCAAGGAUGCCCGUGGCUUCGCCCCGUUCUCCCAAGGCCGAUUUAACUGCAUUGGGAAGAACCUCGCGAUGACCGAGAUGCGAUUCGUCAUCGCCUUACUUGUAAAGAAGUUCAGAGUCGAGUUCUGGGGCGAUGAGAAGGGCGAGAAGUUGUUCGCCGAUCUCAGAGAUCAGUUCACGGCCGCGCCAGGACGGCUAGACUUAAGAUUCCGGCUUAGAGAGGAAUCCUCUUAAGCUGUGGACUUGGGUAACUAUUUGUUCUUCUAUUGAACUGGUUUGCAUUGGAUAUAUGCAGCGUUUGUAUGAAUGAUUUAGAUGCAUGUAAAUUUCGAAUAUAAAUGUGCUCUUCUGCACUGGAUGCUGGAAGCGCAAGCCACAGUGGCCAGAAUGAUACCCAACAACGCCCUUCCUUUACCGUAUGGUGUCUUGGAUUAACUCAGAUACUAUGUAUCAUAGCCUAUUGAUUGGGUAACAAUAUAAGAUGUUAUGCUAAUCCUAUUAUGUUGAUGUAUUUUCAGAAGUACAGUAUUAUUAAGUGCUUAAGCUCUCGCUAUUCAUCCUCGCAAUGUUAUAUAAUGCGCGUAUGUCUUAGAUAACAGGUAAAGGGGC